UUUUUCUUUUUUUUUUUGCGCUUCAUCGAAAUCUGCUAUCCGUUUCUUUUGUUAUCAUUAUUAUUUUUUAUAAAGUCAUAAUAUUUUUAUACUGUGCAUGGUUGUGCUUUCUACCCAACGUACCAAGUUUCUCCCCAUCGUGUGAUUUCUAUUAAACUGACCAAGGAGAACUUCUUGCUCUGGAAGGCUCAGAGGAAACCCUACCAUUCUCAAUUUGUUACUGCUACUGCUUCUGACGGCUCCAUCACCUCUUCCUAAUUCUGACUUUUCUCUUUAGAGUAAUAUGGAAACACAGAGUGCAUAUAUGGUUUUCCUCCUUUAUAAUCUUCAGGAGUUAGAGGCGUGUAUUGAUGAUAAUACUUGUAAAGAUUACACAGGACAACAAGGACUCACUCUCAGAUAGAGUUCGUGAUUCAGUCAACCCGAGGUCAAUCAGAUUUAGAUCAUUAUUCUCAAUGUUGUGUUAUAUGGUCCGUCGAAUCUUAGUUAUUCGAUGAAAAUGAAAUGAAGGGUUUGGUUGGAUUGUUAUAUUUAAUGGGAAAAGGGAAAUGUGUUUAAUGAUUGACAUGUUUGGUUACCGAGAAAAUGUUUCAAAAGAAAGGCGAUGGAAAUAAGAACUCAAAUUUCUUCUUGUUUUUAUUGCAAGAAGCGAGAGAUACAGAGAAGAAAAAGAGUCUCUUUUUCUGUCUUUUACUCUCCUCUCAUCUGACAAACAGACUAUUAUGAGGAAAAUAUUCCAGUCAAAUUUCUUGGAGGAGUGAAAGGCGGAUGGAGAACUUCAAAGCUCCUUUCAGAGGAAUUGCAAAUGAUGUCAGAGGAAGAGCACGGUGUUAUAAGCAAGAUUGGAUUGGAGGACUUCGUGCAGGAAAUGGGAUACUAGCCCCAACUACCUAUAUCUUCUUUGCUUCUGCUCUUCCGGUGAUUGCCUUUGGCGAGCAACUAAGCAGAGAUACUGAUGGAAGCUUGAGCACCGUGGAAACUUUAGCUUCUACUGCUAUUUGCGGUAUAAUACACGCAAUUUUUGGAGGACAACCUCUUCUAAUAUUGGGAGUUGCAGAACCAACUGUUAUUAUGUACACCUAUUUGUACAACUUUGCCAAAGGGAGGGAUGAUUUGGGACGCGAACUCUUCUUGGCUUGGGCUGGAUGGGUUUGUGUUUGGACAGCUCUCUUGCUGUUUCUUCUUGCAAUAUUCAAUGCCUGCACUGUCAUCAGUAGGUUUACGAGGAUUGCAGGCGAGCUUUUUGGCAUGUUGAUUGCUAUUCUCUUUAUUCAAGAGGCCAUCAAGGGUAUGAUUGGUGAGUUUGAAAUUCCCAAAGCUGGGGAUCCAAAGUCAGAGAAGUAUCAAUUUCCAUGGAUUUACACAAAUGGAUUACUGGGGAUCAUAUUUACUUUUGGUCUACUCUACACUGCCCUAAAGAGCAGAAAGGCGAGGUCAUGGUGGUAUGGCACAGGGUGGUUUAGAAGUUUUGUGGCAGACUAUGGGGUUCCUUUAAUGGUUGUAGUGUGGACGGCACUGUCAUUCAGUGUACCAAGCAAAGUUCCAUCUGGUGUUCCGAGAAGGCUCUACAGCCCUCUUGCCUGGGAAUCUGCAUCUUUACACCAUUGGUCUGUAGUACAGGACAUGGGCAAGGUUUCUCCAGCAUACAUCUUUGCAGCUUUUAUUCCUGCUGUGAUGAUUGCGGGGCUUUACUUUUUCGACCACAGUGUUGCUUCACAGAUGGCACAACAAAAGGAGUUCAAUCUUAAGAACCCUUCUGCUUAUCAUUACGAUAUCUUAUUGCUGGGAUUUAUGACUCUGCUUUGUGGAUUGAUGGGGCUACCUCCUUCAAAUGGCGUCCUGCCGCAGUCCCCCAUGCACACCAAGAGCCUUGCCGUUCUCAAAAGGCAGUUGAUGCGAAGGAAGAUGGUGGAAAGUGCCAAGGAAAGCAUAAAGCAGAAAGCUAGCAACUCUGAAAUCUAUGGCAAGAUGCAAGCUGUGUUCAUAGAAAUGGAUGGCACUGCAGCAUCUACUUUAGUGGUUAAAGAGCUGGAAGACUUGAAGGAAGCAGUAAUGAAAGGUGAAAAUAGCAGUGAAAGUGCAAAGGGAUCAUUUGAACCUGAGAAGCACAUUGAUGCAUACCUGCCUGUCCGAGUUAAUGAGCAGAGAGUGAGCAAUCUCUUACAGUCACUCCUUGUGGCAGCAUCAGUUGGUGCUAUGCCUCUAAUAAAGAAGAUUCCAACUUCAGUGCUUUGGGGAUAUUUUGCUUACAUGGCCAUUGACAGUCUUCCUGGGAACCAGUUUUGGGAAAGGAUUUCAUUUCUCUUCAUAACGCCUGGCCGGCGUUACAAGGUCUUGGAAGGGGUUCAUGCAUCAUUUGUGGAGUCAGUACCAUUUAAGUACAUGGCCAUAUUUACGAUCUUCCAGAUUAUAUAUUUCCUGGUCUGUUUUGGUAUAACAUGGAUUCCUAUUGCUGGAAUCUUGUUCCCCUUGCCAUUCUUCGUUCUUUUAAGCAUAAGACAGCAUAUUCUUCCCAAGCUGUUUCAACCACAUCAUUUGCGGGAACUGGAUGCAGCUGAAUAUGAGGAAGUCACUGGUGCCCCAAGAGUUUCCAUCAGCCUAUCGUUUAAUGAAAGGGAAGCACAGCAUCUUGGAAAUGGGGAUAGUGGAGUGGAAAUUUGUGAUGCUGAGAUAUUAGAUGAACUGACAACAAGCAGGGGGGAAUUGAAGGUUAGAAAUUUUAGCUUCAGGGAAGAGAAAUGUGACCAGGUUCAUCCAGGGGAUUACAGUUGAGUGAAAGAUGAGUUCGAUUGCCAUCGAAAUGGGAAAGCCUGAUAAUGAAGAAGAUGAUACUU